AGCCAAACCUUUAGCAGCUUGGAAUGGGCAAAUUUGUGCCCGGUUUAAUCGCUUGAUACAAUGGUGCGCUGCUUAGACGCGUUUUAUGAAGAUACUACGUAAUAUUUAUGUAACUCGCGCUUGGCCAAGGAGAAUUUAAACGAACAUGGAAGAGGACGCAUGCACCAAUUUCAAAUCCAUAAGGGCAAAGUUUCAGGAAGAGAUCCAGGUGAGGUACAGGCCUAUGGUUCCUGAGAAACCCAAACGCCUCCCAACAUCUGCCAUAGGCCGCUCUGGUCUGAUAACCAUGAGCUCUUGUUCAGUUGUGGAAACCAAGACUACUAGUCAACCCCAGGUCAUUUUAAGAGAAGACCUGAAAACAAACUCAGGAAAGCGGCCUGUGUCAUUUCCAAGCUUUCCUAUUGGAACAUAUGAAGUCGGUAGGUCGGGAGAUGGGCAUAACAGGCAGUCACUUAAAGUCCGGCAUUUGCCCCUCGUGUUGCCGCUUUCGAACGACCCCAAGUACGAGUCUUCUGCUCCUCCUUCAAAGGGAAUCACCUCACCUCUUAAAUGCAUCAUGAAACCAAUUCCUACACCUUUCAGCUUGACCAGAGUUUCAGUGUGUGGCAAAGAAAUUGGUAAAAAUGGUCUGGGGCUUUUGAAAAACAGUGGCACUUUCAAUGUUCAGGCAGAAGAGUCCACCCUGAAGACCGAAGGUACAGAAGCUGUGGAGGUUGUGUCAAAUCCUGUAUUGCCGUGUCCUGGUCAAGAUCAUUCGGCUUCACCUUCACCAAAUGAUUCACUGACGGAUUCAUCUCCAGGAAGUGUUACUCAUUUCUUUGACCAGCAUGUCCUGAGCACGCUAGAGAAAGCCAAGAGGAAGCUCUGCCACAAGAACCUACUGGUGUGUGGCAGACCAAAGGGCUUCUACUCCAGUAAAGCACAAGUGCUUCCCACCGAAAGUCCUCCAUCGCCUACUGAAUCUGAAAGUUGUCACCAAGAGACUUCUCCAUUUAAGAUUAAUGGCACAUCAAACACCACUAUUUCUUUUAUGGAGCUCAGUGGAGUCAUGCAGACUGAAAAAGCACACAAACCACUUCCUGAUCUGGCAUCCCUAGGGCCUGCACCUUCAAAGCCACUUAGACCCCCACACGUGGAUCUGAGCAAAUAUAAGACUGGAUUUCAUAUCAGUGACCCAAGUGAAGCACUUACUAUUGAAUCUGUACCUGAGUCUGAGAUUUUGGCCACUGGUAAUCCAUCACUUGAGGACGCGAGUGUACCUCCCCCUGAAUUCCCAGAUUUUGACCUUUCUGUGCCAGAAGCCACAGACAGUAACGGCAUAAAUCUGGCGGCCCUGGAUUUAGAGGCCACAGAAUUUCCAGGGUUCGAUUCAUUGCCUCCACCACCACUGCCAUAUGAAGACAAUGGUCUGGAUUUACAGGCUGUGUUGGCUCAGCAUUGUCCAAGUCAUUUUGGUCCAAAGAGCAUGCAGUCAGAAGAUGCUCCCUGUCAGUCUUUAGAGGAGAUGAGAAAUGUAGGAAACUUGACGUCUACUACAGAAUCCGUGGCUUCUGACCUGAGAAUUAAUGGAUCACACACUGCCUUCAACCAAAGCAGUGAACACCAACUUCCAGCAGAAACCAUUUCUUCUCAGCAAAGGCAUUUUCAUCAAACCUGUGAUAAUGUUUAUGAGGAUGUGGAAACAGUCCCCAGGUUUUCCUUUGCUCAAAGCUCUUACAAGUGUAAAGGAGCUCCUAAAAAUCCAUAUGCUGAUAAUGGCCAUGUGAAAGAAGAAACGUGGAGGAAUAUAUGGCAUGUCACUCAAUGGUCUAGUGCAGCUGAAGAUCAAAAUGGCCAGCAUGAUAGAAAGAAGCAGCUGAGCCCUGAACAUCAUGAGGAUAAAGAGCAGAAGAAGAAAGAGAAGCAGCGUUUGGAGAAAGAGAAGAAAGAACAGAAAGAGAAGGAUAAAAAGAGAAAUGAGAUGCACAAGAAGUUUAAAAUCACUGGCCUGGAAGAGCCCAUGUAUCACGCCAAAGUGCUGGCAGACAGCAAACUCCGAAAGUACGACCUGUCCGUCAAAAGUGGGGAUCUCAUCAGCAUCAUCCGAACGGUCAACUGCCCUAAGGGCAAAUGGCUAGCCAGAGACAGCAACAACAAAUAUGGCUACAUAUCCGUGAUGAAUGUGGAGCUGAACAUAAAGGAGAUGCUUGAGCUUGGAAAAAAGGUAUCGCAGGCCGCCGGACGAGGCCAAACCGAUGGAGAUACCCUUAGUGUCAGCAGCAGGUCCUCUCAUCAGAAUCCGGUGCUUACAAGUAGCUUCUCUGAUGACAGUGAAGAAUGGACGUAUGAAGAUGACACGUUGUCGCUAUCUGCUGAAAAUUUGAGUCAGAUCAAAGCUGUCUCUAUGCCUGAGAUGUUUGAUAGCAACUCUUCUGCUCAUCAUCCUUUCAAUGACUGGAGUAUUGAAGACGUUCAGACACAAGAGGCAGAAAACUUCCAGUUUGCAGACAUUGAUCUUCUUCCUCCUCCAGCACUUUAUGCUGACUCUCUGUGAGCCUAUGGCAUGUUUCACUGUAUCGUUUGAUGUUUGCAAGAUCAGAAUGUUUAUUUCAAUCACUGAAAGAAACUGGAACCAGCAAUACUUGAGAGGAAAAAAAAUGUGUAAGACUUACUCUUACUUUUUUUUUUUCCCUCCACAGGAUGAUUGCCUUCCUCUAUCAUUACCAACGAAAUUCACAUUUUUUCAUGAAAUGUCAUUUAAACAUUUAAACACUGGCCUUUAGUCUUUGAACUCAUCAAAUCUGAUUUAUACUCAAAUACAAAGAGAAAAAAUGCUUGUUAGAUGACAACUGUAGCAUUUUGGUGAAAGUUUGAAACGUGUUUCCAUUGUGAGCAAGCAGUGGUAGAUUGAGGAUGAAUAACAGACGGUGCCAGCUUAGGGGUUUUAAUGAGAUGGAGGUUUGGCUCUUUUUCAUAUGAACUAUUAAAAAAGCUGAAGUCAUCUAUAAGGAGUUGAGUGUUUUGUACAGAUAACAUGCAAAACUGAAAUAACCAAUUUUGCAUGUUGUCGAUAGAAAACACCUUUAAGUUGCUUUUGUCUUUGUGUGUCUCAUUGUGUGGGAAUGUUGGAAGUUGGUGGUUUGAUUACAUGUUUGUUUAUUAGUGAAAACACAACUUGUAAAUGUUGGCAUGGAAUAAACG